AUGGCCUACCCGCGCAACGCUCGAAAUACACCCAAGAGUCGCUCCAAGCUCUCGUUGCCCGACUCCCUUCGCGUCUUCAACCGCUCCAAGUCCUCGCUUGCUCACGCUGAAUACCGUGACGGCCUCUUCGACUACGAGGAUCGCUAUCAUGAUCACGCCGGCCUGUACCGCUGGAUCAACGACCUCAACACGCCCUUCGUGCCCUCUCCCUCGCGUCAUCCUCCCCGUGAACUGCCUCCUCUUGAUGAGGGGCAGGUCAGGAGACUCCUUUCGGGGGAUCCCGAGCCUCGGUCUUCUGUGUUUGUUCGCGCUGGCCGCAAGAUCAGCAAGUUAUCAAAGAACGUGCUCAAGGGUAGGAAUCAGCCCCGCGCCGUCGCGCAUGCUGAUUAUCUGGCGCGGAAUCACCACCACCGCGUCGCUCGUCGACCUUCCCCCUUACCUUUGCGCGAAUGGAAGGCGUACGGCUAUUAUUCCAGACCUUGCGUUAACGGGGUCUGGGUCGAUAACACCACCACGGGGAAACCCCCGCCGCCAUCCAACGCGGACUUGGCUGCCAUCUUUGACAGCCUUGUCGAGCAGGGUGUUGACCACCCUGAGCGCUGGAUAGCGGGCCUCCAGCACCCUUCUCUUCCUCCGCGUCCCCCUGGUUGGGACACGCCCGACCUCACCAAGCCACAGCCCUUUCCUUUCGAGCUGUCCGUCAACCCGCUUUUUUACUCCCAUCCGGCGUGCAUCCGGUGGAACAUGACCUAUCCGCCGCCCGCCAUCUCCUACACCGAGGUCCCCGACGUCACCUACGCCUCCGGCGUCUCCGCCCUGCGCCACCUCCCGCUCAACCCCUCCGACCUCGCGCAGCCCGCGACGCACCCGCGCAUCCCGUACAUGCAGGUCACCGUCGUCGCGCAGCACAGCCCGAUAUUCCCGUGGCCGUUCUGGGUGAAGAACAAGCAUGGGAUCACGGUCGGGGACGUGAUCGCCCAGAUCUACGCGAACUUCCGCGAGUUUGUGGGCAAGGGGGAGUUCGACCGGUGGGAGCCGUGGCGGAAGCACGAGUCGUGCGCGGCGUGCAUGAUUCGGUAUCACGAGGCGAAGAACUGGUAUGUGGCAGAGGAGGAGGACAAUCAGCUUAUGCGGAUUGACUACCUCUGUGGCCAUAUCAUGUUUGACGGGAUGAAGCCGCAUCCCAACGGUGAGGGGUGGGUGAUUUCGGUUAGGCCCAGGACGGCUGAUGAGAUACAUGCCGAUACGGUUUACUAUAACCAAAGACUUCCACCGGGUCUCAGCGUCAGUCCUAUGGGUCAGUUCACCGCAGAGAUUGCCGCCAGAGGCGACCUUCCUCCUGUUUAG